GGGGCGAGCGCUGAGCGCCCGCGCCCAGCGCCCGGGGUCCUCGCGCAUUCCGCGUCCGCAGGCUCCGGCCAAGGCGACGAUCCGCUCUCGUGUUUUGUGGCCCGUGGUGCUCCAGAGAAUGUCGGCGGCUCCCGGGACUCCGCGCGGAAAGAGAAGUUUGCCCGGCGUGGACCCAGUGACCUUUCCAAGCUGUGCGCCUCCCUGCCUGGACCGGGUCUGAGCGGCGCUGCCCCGGCGGACCUUUCCCCGGGAGGGUGUCUCUGCGCGCCGUCGUCUCCCUGGGUUUUCACCGGAGCCCCACACCCACCGGCCUCUGAGUCCUGGAAGAAAGGGGCGGCUCCCCGCGCCCCCCGUCCGCCCCGACCAUGGGGAGCAAGGCCCUGCCGGCGCCCAUCCCGCUCCACCCGUCGCUGCAGCUCACCAACUACUCCUUCCUGCAGGCCGUGAACACCUUCCCCGCCGCCGUGGACCACCUGCAGGGCCUGUACGGGCUCAGCGCCGUGCAGACCAUGCACAUGAACCACUGGACGCUGGGGUACCCCAACGUGCACGAGAUCGCGCGCUCCACCAUCACCGAGAUGGCCGCGGCGCAGGGCCUCGUGGACGCGCGCUUCCCCUUCCAGGCCCUGCCCUUCACCACGCACCUCUUCCACCCCAAGCAGGGGGCCAUCGCCCACGUGCUCCCCGCCCUGCACAAGGACCGGCCCCGUUUUGACUUUGCCAACUUGGCCGUGGCCGCCACGCAAGAGGACCCCCCGAAGAUGGGAGAGCUGAGCAAGCUGAGCCCCGGGCUGGGGAGCCCCAUCUCGGGCCUCAGUAAAUUGACUCCGGACAGAAAGCCCUCCCGAGGGAGGCUGCCCUCUAAAACGAAAAAAGAGUUUAUCUGCAAGUUUUGCGGCAGACACUUUACCAAAUCCUACAACUUGCUCAUCCACGAGAGGACCCACACGGACGAGAGGCCCUACACCUGCGACAUCUGCCACAAGGCCUUCCGGAGGCAAGACCAUCUGCGCGACCACAGGUAUAUUCAUUCCAAAGAAAAGCCGUUCAAAUGUCAGGAGUGUGGGAAAGGAUUCUGUCAGUCUAGAACUCUAGCAGUUCACAAAACUUUACACAUGCAGGAAUCUCCACACAAAUGUCCCACAUGUGGAAGAACCUUUAAUCAGAGAAGUAAUCUGAAAACUCACCUUCUCACCCAUACAGACAUCAAGCCCUACAGCUGCGAGCAGUGCGGCAAAGUGUUCAGGCGAAACUGUGAUCUGCGGAGGCACAGCCUGACUCACACCCCGCGGCAGGACUUCUAGAGAAGCCCAGGAUCUGUCCCGUGCCCCCCCCC